AUGACAAUCUUUAUUUUUCUUUAUUAUCCCACUAUCUCGCUUUGCCCCCUUAACGGACAAACUCCAUUUUCCUCCCCAACCCAUUACCUCGCUUUGACACUCUCUCUUUUUUCUCCCCAAUCCACUCUCUCGGUCUGUACAUCUCAAGCGGCAAUCACUGUUCUUCCUCCCCAUCCCACAACCGCGAUUUGUCUCCCUCGACUGAAUAUCUCUCUUUUUCCUCCUUAUCCGACUAUCUCACUUUGCCAUCCACAAACGACAAUCUCUUUUUUUCCUCCUCAUCCCACUACCUCACUUUGUCCCACUCAACAUGCUAUCUUAUCUCAAUUUUCUCCUAACCCAACUCUCGCUCUCUUACCUCCUCAUCCCACGGUCAUACUUUCUCCUCCUCUAUCUCCCUUCCUCCUCCUCACUCCUCUAUCCCACUUUCUCCGCCUCACUCCUCCAUCUCACUUUCUCCUCCUCACUCCUCUAUCUCACUUUAUUCUCCUCACUCCUCUAUCCCACUUUCUCCCACUCACUUCUCUAUCUCCCUUCCUCCUCCUCACUCCUCUAUCUCACUUUCUCCUCCUCACUCCUCUAUCUCACUUUCUCCUCCUCACUCCUCUAUCCCACUUUCUCCCACUCACUCCUCUAUCCCACUUUCUCCUCCUCACUCCUCUAUCCCACUUUCUCCUCCUCACUCCUCUAUCUCACUUUCUCCUCCUCACUCCUCUAUCUCACUUUCUCCUCCUCUAUCUCACUUUCUCCUCUUCACUCCUCUAUCUCACUUUCGCCUCCUUUCUUCUCUAUCUCCCUUCCACCUCCUCUCUCCUCUAUCUCCCUUCCUCCUCCACACUCCUCUAUCUCCCAUCCUCCUCCUCACUCCUCUAUCUCACUUUCUCUUCCUUUCUCCUCUAUCUCCCUUCCUCCUCCUUACUCCUCUAUCUCCCUUCCUCAUCCUCACUCCUCUAUCUCCCUUCCUCCUCCUCACUCCUCUAUCCCACUUCUCCUCCUCCUCCUCCCCCUUCCCCCUCCUCCUCCCCUCAUCAUCUAUCUCUUUCUCCUCCUCUAUCUCCUUCCUCCUCCUCCCUCCUCUAUCUCCCUUUCUCCCUCCUCCUCUAUCUCCCUUCCUCCUCCUCUCCUCUCUCAUUUUCUCCUCCUCCUCUAUCUCCUCCUUCCUCCUCCUCCUCCUCUGUCUCCCCUUCUCCUCCCCUCCUCCUCCCUCUCAUCUUCUCUUUCUCCUCCUCACCUCCCCUCCUCCUCCUCCUCCCUUCCUCCUCCUCCUCCUCUAUCUCCCUUUCUCCUCCCUCCUCCUCUCUCCCUUCCUCCUCCUCCUCCUCCUCUCCAUCUCCUCCCUUCUCCUCCUCCUCCUCCUCCUCUCCCUUCCUCCUCCUCACUCCUCUAUCUCACUUUCUCCUCCUCACUCCUCUAUCUCCCUUCCUCCUCCUCACUCCUCUAUCUCACUUUCUCCUCCUCACUCCUCUAUCUCCCUUCCUCCUCCUCACUCCUCUAUCUCACUUUCUCCUCCUCACUCCUCUAUCUCCCUUCCUCCUCCUCACUCCUCUAUCUCACUUUCUCCUCCUCACCCCACUCCCAUUUUUCCAUAUUAGCCAUUCUUUUUUCCUCCUCAACCUACUAUUUUACAUUUCCUCAAAACUUCUCUAUUUCACUUUCGUUCUCCUCUUCACUUUACUUCAUUAUCACUCUCUCUUAUUUUUCUUCAUCGACAACAAUCUCUUUUCUCCCCACCCCUUCAAUUUCUAUUGUUGUUUUCGCUCUUCUCCCUCUCUUUUUUUCUCAUUAUCUCUCUAUCUGACUUGUUCUUCUCGCAUCUCUCUUUUUUCGUCACCAUCCACAGUCUCUCUUUUUUCCUCGUCACCCCAAACUCUCACUACUCCUCCUCACCCCACUAUCUCUUUUUCUCUUCAUUCCUUUUAUCUCUGCUUUUCUUCUCAACCCACUCUCUCGUUUUCCUUCCUUGCCCAACAUCUCUCUUCUUUCAUCUCUCUUCUCUGUUGUCUAUCUUUUACUUUUCACUUCCAAAAACUCUCCCCAUAA